AUGUACGUGAGCUACCUCCUGGACAAGGACGUGAGCAUGUACCCCAGCUCCGUGCGCCACUCGGGCAGCCUCAACCUGGCGCCGCAGAACUUCGUCAGCCCCCCGCAGUACCCGGACUACGGCGGGUACCACGUGGCGGCCGCAGCGGCCGCGGCCGCGAACUUGGACAGCGCGCAGUCCCCGGGGCCGUCCUGGCCGGCCGCGUACGGCGCCCCGCUCCGAGAGGACUGGAACGAAGUCUCUCCGCGGCCCUCGGCGGCGCUUCCACCCUCCUUGCUUAGCUUCUUGCUGGCCCAGCUGGGCCGCUUGCAGGUUACGGCCCCUUUGCGGAGGUUUAUAGCCAAUUACAGCCGUAUAAAUCAGAGCGCCGGUUGGGGGCCGUCUCUGGACACCGGCUUCUGCGGCGCUGCGCACAUUCGGGGUGCGCAGCCCCGCUCCUUGAUUCCCAGGGGGUGCGGGGCGCCUACAAGGCCCGUGGGGAGCGGGGCGCGGGGCGCAGAGCGCAGCUGCUCUUGGUCACCGAGUUCCGGCGGGCCUGCCGGGGACACUGAAAGAGCAGAACCCGAGCAAAGGCCACUGCGGGGCACCCCAAGGCGAGUCCAGCUGCUGAGGCGCUGGCUGGGGGAGCUGCGCUGCGCCCCGCUCCCGGGCCUGGACUGUCCCUUCGGGGCCCCAAGAGCCUCCUGCUCCGGCGCGCCCGGGUCUGAUCGCUUCCUCCUCUCUGGGCAGCGCGCACAGGGCGGGACUACGGGCAGCCCGGGCCGGGAGCCGGGUGGCGGCGCAGGGGACGCGCCCGCCUCGCGCAAGGCUCUGGGGCUCCUUCGGUCCCUUUACUUUCCGGCCGGCGCGGUGAAAACCAGGACGAAAGACAAAUACCGAGUCGUGUACACUGACCACCAGCGGCUGGAGCUGGAGAAGGAGUUUCACUACAGUCGCUACAUCACCAUCCGGAGGAAGGCCGAGCUGGCUGCCACCCUGGGGCUCUCAGAGAGGCAGGUUAAAAUCUGGUUUCAGAACCGCAGAGCCAAGGAAAGGAAAAUCAACAAGAAGCAGCAGCAGCAACAGCAGCAGCAGCAGCAGCAGCCGCCUCCACCUCCGCCACAGCCUCCCCAGCAGCAGCCAGGACCUCUGAGAAGCGUCCAGGAACCCUUGAGUCCUGUGUCUUCCCUGCAAGGCUCGGUGCCUGGCUCCGUCCCUGGGGUUCUGGGUCCGACUGGGGGCGUGUUAAACCCCACGGUUACCCAGUGA